AUGGAGUCCAGUUCCAAGAACUACAGCUAUUACGCUUGCGAAGGAGAAGUAACAACAGAAGGGGAACAAGAUGAGAAGUGGGCGCACUUGAUCGUAUACGCAGCAGCAGGCGGAACCACCGUAGCAUUGGCGUGCGCGAAGAGGUUGGGAGCUAUGUUGCUGAUGAUGGAGCGAUGGCGGGUUCAAGUUUUCCUCCUUCUCAACUUCCUCCUCUUGGCAAUCUUCCUCACUUCCCUCCGCUCCACCUCCCCUGCUUCGAUUCCUCCAAAACCCAGACAGCAAAAACAGAGCUGCGGCGGGAGGUCCGAAUCUGAACCUUGUUCGGAGAUUCGAGUAGCUGAGAUCAGAGAAACAGAGAGCAAGGAGAGCUCUGGAGUUGUAAAAGAGAAGCUCGAGAAUGAAUUGUCAGAAGGGGACGAUGGAGAGAAGUUGACGAAGGAGGAACUGAACGAGAGAGCUGAAGCGUUUAUCGCCAAGUUCAGGGAGCAUUUGGUUAGAGAUGCUGCCUGCGGUUGCCAUUAA